ACAUUCGAGGCUACCAUGCAUCCUUAACAGACCUUGUGGAACAUGUGUGUUCCCUCAUGUCCAGACACGUGGCUGCUGGCUACGUCAGCUCCUUCCUCGCUGUGUGUUUCUGUCUGUACAACAUCAUCAACGAUGACAAGUCUUUUACGACCCUGGCCGUCACCUCAUUUGCUGUGGGCUCGUCCAUUACUCAUCUCAUCGCUCUCACCUAUACUGGUGUCAGACUCCAUGAAGCGGCACAUCAACCUCUGACUAUUCUGCAUGAUUUGGCUGGGAGAAAUAUGCCAGAUAGAGUAAUUGGACUGGUCACUCUGUUCACGAACAAGUUGUCUCAACGUCAGAUCGGAAUCAGUGCCUCAGGACUCAUGACCAUCACGAAGGACACUAUCUUAACGAUCAUCGGUACCCUCCUCACCUACGUUUUCAUUGUGAUCCAGUUUAAACCGGAAUCAAGUUGUGGAUGUCGACAGGCUGGAAACGCAACGGCAAUAUAGUAUGACCGACGAAUACUUGAGCCGUUCGUUAUUCAGUGAGAGACUGUCAUUUCUUGUAACAUCGUCCGUUUUUCAACCGAAUCGUGACUGAAACAAGUAUAUAUUAAUAAUACUUUUAGACUAUAAAACCUGUCGACAAAGAACAGGGAAAGAACUGGACUAUCACAGAUAAAGAUUUAAAGCUUGUGUCUAAGCUGUAAUGAGUGCCUAUCCAAACCAAUACAAUAUACACAUGGGCUACGGUUUACCAGCAUUUAAAAUAUUUUCUACAAGGAUAUUGAGUUGGAUGUAUACAAUUUCUCAUUUAUAAUCACCGAAUGAGAUAACAAGUAGUGUCACAGAGUGUAUUGCUGGUUUAUCUGUGUUACCAACGAUGUGAACAUGACUAGACAAACAACAAAAGAUGUCAUGUUGGCCAGUACCGAGAUCACUGGAACAGUUAUCUGAUAAUCUUAAUGACAGAGACCAAGAUCCAAUGACGGUGGCGCUGGCAAAAGCCUCACCAUCCUUAGGUCCAUCUGUGCAUAUAGAUGUGAAAGUAUCAUCUGUGUUUCUUAAUUCAUAAUAUUCUUGUUGAUAAAUACGAUGAUUUCUUUCAGAUUCUCUAAUUUAGUUAAUGUUAGAACCACCCUGUAGAUCUUGUAGAGUUCCUCACAGUCGUAAGCUGGACUUUAUUGAAUAGAACGUAAUAUAGAUAUGUGCUGUAUAGAUUAGGUUGUGCGCCACAUAACGUUGUUUCAUGGAAGGUCCUGCACAACAGAUUCCAUAUUUUAACUAUGAAUCGUAGAAGUGUUAAAUACUCCAAGGCAAAGUCUCGGGUCACCGUAAUAACUUUAAAUUGCCUUUACAGGCUCUGACAUUGAUGAUUGAGCACUUUAGAGAGGAUCAUUGCUCUAUAUAGUUGCACAGUUUUUUCCCUAAUGCCCUAUCCUUACAUGUUUGUAUUGACGGGCAUGAUUUCACUUUUGCAAAAAUAUCCAUUUAAGACGAUACUUCCCUAACCCGUCACCUUUAUUGUUGCUACUUAUAACAAGAAAAAAGUCCUGCGAACAUUUUGUUCCACUAAUCUAUAUUAGGAUGGUGGUUAUAACAUGCCCACCGGUCUAAUAUUAUGCCCGUGGAAUUUGAAAUUGUACAUUAUAUACAAUCGUAUACUUCAUUGCACUUUGUGACAGGAUAUUUCAUUUUGGACUUUCCCACAUUAUUAUAAGGGAUGAUGUAAAACCAGCUUCGGUCGAUGCAGGCAGCAAAAGUACUGUAAGACCCCAUGGUCCCUAGAAUGAUGCUCUACCUUUAGUUGUUGACAGUCUAUAGUCAGUUUUCUUAUUGUAUGGUCCCAAAUAGGUAUAUAAACUAAAGACUAGUUUAAUAUUUCAGAUAUUGAUAUUCUAGUUGUUUUACUGUCCUUUGUCGAAAUAUAUAUUUAUACUGUAAUAUUACCUUUUGUUAAUGUGUUACCUGUUUUAGUCAAGAUAUUGCUGACAUAUUGCCGAUGUAACUAUAAAUUUUAACUCACUCACUCACUCACUCAAUCACAUAUUUUUUACGAAGGACGUUUUACUGUUCAGCCAGUAACAUGCACUGUCAUUAGUAGGUCUGUGUAUAUUUUAUGUUUAUGUUUUUAUGUUUGUGUAUGUUUUACGUCUUGUCGUAUUGGACUG